UGAUCUAUGGGUAUACAAUUAUCCCAAGCUACAAGAAAGCUUUACAUUUUCUCAAAAAAUAUGUAAAUGCAACGGUUUUAAUAUGAUGCAUUGCGAAUGAUAUUCAUAAUAUAUAAAUGAAUAAAAUCCCCAAAAGGUAACUGAAUAUAGACUUUAAAAGAGACCCGAAUAUCAUUGAAGAAGAAGUAAUGUAUAUUAUUUGAAAACAAUUGUGAAAUAUGGCGGAUUUUAAAAGACAGGAUUUUACUGAAGAAGCAAUGCCAAAGAAAACAGAAAACGAAAAUAAAUCCAAUAUACAAGAUGAAGACAGUGAAAGUGCUGAUGAACAACCACUUGACGUCGGAGAACAUUAUUUAGUACGACGAUCUGAUGAUACUUGGCAUCCUGCAGAAAUUAUUCAAUCUAGGUAUAAUGAUUUGGAGAGACAAUAUGAAUAUUAUGUACACUAUGAAGGUUACAAUAGAAGAUUGGAUGAAUGGGUUCCUAGAGGAAGAAUAAUGUCAUCUAGAUUCAACAUGACUGAAUGUGGUCAAAAAGGAAUGUUAGAUAUGAAAGUUUGGAAAGACAGACCUGUUAUCACAGAUUUAUUAUCUGAUAAUACUGACAGAAAGAUCACAAGAAAUCAAAAAAGAAGGCAUGACGAAAUCAACCAUAUUCAAAAAACAUAUGCUGAAAUGGAUCCAACAACUGCUGCUUUAGAAAAAGAACAUGAACAAAUUACAAAAGUUAAAUAUAUAGAUAAAAUUCAAAUUGGAAGAUUUGAAAUUGAUACUUGGUAUUUUAGUCCCUUUCCUGAAGAUUAUGGAAGGCAAAGUAAACUUUGGAUUUGUGAAUAUUGUUUAAAAUAUAUGAGAUUAGAAAAAAGUUAUAGAUAUCAUAUGAGUGAAUGUACUCAACGUCAACCAGUUGGAAAAGAAAUUUACAGGAAAGGAACAUUAUCUGUUUAUGAAGUAGAUGGUAAAGACCAUAAAGUAUAUUGCCAAAAUCUUUGUCUAUUAGCAAAAUUAUUCUUAGAUCAUAAAACAUUGUAUUUUGAUGUUGAACCUUUUCUUUUUUACAUUUUAUGUGAAGUUGAUAAACAAGGAGCACACAUUGUAGGAUAUUUCUCCAAAGAAAAAGAAUCUCCUGAUGGUAAUAAUGUUGCCUGCAUACUCACUCUUCCACCAUAUCAACGACAAGGUUAUGGAAAACUUCUUAUAGCAUUCAGUUAUGAAUUAUCAAGGCUAGAAGGUAUGGUAGGUAGUCCAGAACAACCUUUGAGUGAUUUAGGAAAGUUGAGUUACAGAAGUUACUGGAGUUGGGUAUUAUUAGAAAUAUUAAGAGAUUUUAGAGGAACCCUGUCUAUCAAAGACCUUAGCCAAAUGACUAGCAUUAGCCAAACGGAUAUAAUCUCAACUCUACAAAGUAUGAACAUGGUGAAAUAUUGGAAAGGCCAACAUGUUAUUUGUGUGACUCCAAAAUUAGUAGAUGAACAUAUAAAAUCCAGCCAGUAUAAAAGGCCGAGGUUGUGUGUCGAUAGUAGUGCCCUGAGAUGGACUCCAAGAAGACACGUUAAUAAUAAGAUAGGAAAGAAAUAGUCUUUAUUGAAAAAAAAUCCGUUUACCAGUAUUAACAUUUCAUAUAAUAAAGUUCCAAAGAUUUA